AUGGAGCAGCUCGCCACGCUUCGAGCGGUAGUAUUCUGGACGGUGCUCCUCUUCCUGGGCCUCGUCGCGCCCAUUUCCCCCAUAUCCAUCAAAGGAUCCAAAUUGUACGAUGAGAAUGGAAGCCAAUUCUUCGUCAAAGGAGUUCGUUAUGUAGGCAGCAGCUCUGAUCCUCUCCUUGAUAGAAAGAAAUGCCAAGUCGACGCGAGGCUUAUGAAGAGCCUGGGAGUAAACACAAUUCGUGUAUUUGGAGCAGACUCGACAAAGAAGCACAACGACUGCAUGGAUGCUUUUGCUCGAGAAGGCAUCUACAUUUGGCUUGAACUAGCUAUCAUUCCAGACUAUUGGAUCGACAGAAUUGAACCCAAAUGGACGCUGCCAAUGUACAACAACUGGACUUCUACUAUAGAUGAAUUUUCAGGUUACGAUAACAUGCUCGCUUUCACAGUUUCUACCGCAACGAUGGAUAAUACCACCGAUGGAAGUCUCUCAGCCCCAUAUGUAAAGGCAGCAACAAGAGAUAUCAAAGCUUUUCGAAACGCCAGAGGUUACCGUCAAAUACCGAUUUCUUACAAUGCAUUUGACGACCAACCACAACUCUCAUUCUCGGGUAAAUACCUCGCUUGCGGCGACGACGAAGACACAAUUGAGAUGCUGGGGGUGGAAUCCUACGCGCUAUGCGAGAACACAACUAUGGAAUCGGGCCUGAGUAAUAUACACCAAUCAUUCCAACACUACAAUAUCCCGGUGAUCUUUACGACCACAGGGUGUAUCGAGGAUGCAGAGGGAAGGCGCGAUUUUAGCGAUGUUUCCGCCGUAUUCAAUUCUUCGUUCCUGGAUAUAUUCUCCGGGGCCAUCUUGUAUCAAUGGAGUCAGUAUGGUGCUGAUAAUUGGGGCCUUGUGGAAUACUCUAACGAGGCGCAAACGGGAACCCCCUCCGUCCUGAGUGAUUAUAGCGCCGUAUCGACCAUCUUCUCUACCUUCAAUCCGAUAGGGACCGCCAUGUUCUCAUACCAGCCAACAGAAACCGCACCCGCAUGCCCUACAUCAAACUCGGCCUCAGCAUGGAUAGUCAACCCAAGCCAGUCUUUGCCAACCAUUGCUGGGCUAAAUAUUAAAACCGUCACACGCCGUACGAGCAUCCUUAGCUCAACCAUCGAAAGCUCAACGACCCAAACCUCGAAUACAGAGCCAGCAUCGGAAACUCCUUCAGUCAGCUCUAUGUCCAGUCCACUCAGUGAGGAGGCCCAGGCCGGGUCCAGCUUGUCACGUGGCAGCUUGAUAGGAGCCAUCGUGGGCUCCGUGAUAGGAGGUUUGGUUUUGAUUGCAUUUGCUGCCUGGUUCUUUAUCCGCAAACGAAGGGCAGAAAUCCCUCAAAAAUCAGAUGAAGGGAAUGAUUCCGAGAAGACGGUCAAGACAGAAUUGGCAGGGUUGCCGGUGGCACCACGGCACGAACUACCAGGGGUACGUCAAAAUGGUAACUAUCAUGACCCAGCAUCAACCGUCAGUUCUCUACCUCCUUAUGAUUUAUCCCGGGGGCCUCAUGGAGUGGGAGAGCUUUCUCCGACGGGUAUUUCCGAGGCGCUUUCGAUACCUGUCCACGAAAUGCCUCCAUGUGAAUCAUCUCCUGGAACACGAGGAGUGGAAGGGUUCGCUCCUGUAGUUAUCCCUGAGGCCCAGUCAACAGUUCAUGAGAUGCCAGACUCAAAUCGGGUCUCAGCGUAUAUUGGUCGAGCUACAUAA